AUGAUACGAAAUAAUGAGUUGAAUUGCAAACAUUUCGAUUUAUUUUCUUAUGAGGAUCCCGAAUUAUGCGAGGAGGAAGAUUUGUUUGAGUCUAACCAGGCACCGUGGUUUUACCACCUGACACACUUGCUAGAAUUGAGAAAGGAUGACUUUAAAAAUAUAAAAAGCAUCGUGGAAAAUGAGAAAAAGAGAGGAAUCGAGUACAGUCACAUAUUAGACAUCAUAGACUACCAAACGUAUAGCGACAUCAUGCGAAAAAUAAAUUCCAACAUGAGAAAUGCCUUAUCUGUUUACUUAUUUUCAUGCAAAUAUUUUUUAAGUAAAUACUCCAAAAACACGGAAUCCAACGGGCAUGUGCAUUUUGUGUUUGUGUUUGGGAACAUCACGGCAGAUUUGGAUUCCGUUUGUUCGUCCAUCAUAUAUAGCUUUUUUUUGCACAUAUGGUAUUCCUUAAAGAGCAAAACUGCCAAGGAGAAGAAUUCAGAUGUGCUGAAAUUUUUUAUCCCCGUGAUUAACAUUAAGAGGAGUGACAUGAAGCUUAAAAUUUUGAUCAAUUGGUGGCUGGAAAAAUGUGAGAUAAACAAUCCGGAGGAAAUCCUAGUCUUUAAUGAUGACAAGAAUUUGCUAGAAGUUCUAAAAAACGACCACAAGUACGACAUAUGCUUCGUUGACUUUAAUGACUUUGAGCCGAAUAACAUGUACAACAUAAACAACGUGAAAUCCAUAAUUGAUCACCAUAUGCUUAAGGAAGAGGCGAAAAAUAAAAGAAUAACAAAAUCGAUUUACCCUAUUUAUGUGUGCAGCUGCAUGGUUAUCAUAGCCUAUUUGUAUAAGCAUUCGAGCGAAUUUCUUGGGAUACCUUUCAUUAACAAAAAUAUGAUGUGGCUGAUAUAUGGGACUAUACUAAGGGGUUAUUUAAAAAAAAAUGCAAAAUGUGACUUAGUUUAUUCUAACAAUUUCGCAAAAGGGGAUUUUGGAAAACGAUGGAUACAACCGGACUUGAGCAUUUUCUUAUCCUUGAAAAGAUUUUUUCGAAUAUCAAACAAAAUGGACAUAUACAUUACGUACAGUUUUAACAUUAUGAGGUUUUCCAUAAACUUAAAAAAAUUUGGAAUAGAAAACCUUUUGUUUGCCGAUUACAAAGACUAUAAUUAUGAGCUUUUAAAGAAAAAAAUAAAAAUGAGAAUUGCGUCCAUAGAUUUUAGCAUAGAUUUGCUAUUUUCCAAUGAGGAUGUUAACCGUUUGGUUUAUAAAUUACAUGAGUUGUGCGCUGAAAACAACUUUUCCAUUUUUAUAUUAAUUGGAUCCUAUUUAAAUAAUUAUAGACUGUUUAAAGACAUGGGGAUCUUCUUCUAUAACAAUGACGUGAACAAGGAUGAUUUAAUUAACGCCUUGUUUUUGAACAAAGACAUAAAACUUUCCAAGAAAGGAUGUAAAAACAUAACCUGGGGAAAUGACUCGAAAAUAUUUGACACCUUCCAAAUUAACAAUCAGUGCUACUCCCGCAAAAGAUUAGAGUAUUUUUUAUCUGAGUAUUUUUUUUCACAUGGCUAA